UUACAGGGCAACAAAUGAUUGCGAAUGAAAAUCGCAGCAUCGAGGAUGAGUUGGCUCUGUUUGAAAAAGAAAUAUCCUCUGUAGAACCACAUACUCGGAUUGCAAGUACCGUUACAACAAGUGCAUCCGUGACUCAGGCAGAUGUUUUGCGAACCUCUCCUAAUACAGUUGUUUCUCCCAUUCUUAAUAAUAUUUCCACACAUCCAUCAGUACAGCCAUCCAUUGGUCCCGCUGUUCGACCUGAACCAAGGCCAGUCAUGGGUCCUUUUAUCAGCAGUUCUAUGGUAGCGAAUCCCGUAAAUCCUGUAGUGCGUCCAGCACCUCCUCCCUUCGUACCUCAUGUAAUGAUGCGUCCAGGUUUUAUUCCCCAAACAAAUUUAGCCAUGCGAUUUAUACCACCUCAGCUUCGAUUACCAUUAGUUGGUUUUAUGCGCCCACCAGUGCAUAUACCGCCUCAACCGAGUGUUCUUGAAUCGGGACCUAGUUUGUACGAGGAUGUAGUGAGAAAGGAUGAUAGUAAAGAUGGCGAGAAAGAUGGAGAGGCUGCAACAAGUUCAUUGAAAACUCAGGUGCUGACAUCUGACAUAGAAGCCAUUGCACAGAAAAUACAUUCCGAAUCAACUCAUCGCUCAACAUAUAUUGGUCAAGUUAUGCGUGGUGAGAAAAGGAUGAAACGAUUUUUGCGUUGUGGUGGCGGACAGGUUUGGGAGGAUAAAUCAUUGGCAGAGUGGGAUCCGAAUGAUUUCCGCAUCUUUUGUGGUGAUUUGGGGAAUGAAGUAUCAGACGAGUUACUGGCAAAAGCCUUUCGUAAAUAUCCUAGCUUCCAAAAAGCUAAAGUGAUUCGCGAAGCUAGAACUAAUAAGUCGAAGGGCUAUGGAUUUGUUUCCUUCAAGCAUCAGGAUGAUUUCGUUCGUGCCUGCCGUGAAAUGGAUGGAAAGUAUGUUGGGAACAGGCCAAUAAAAUUGAGAAAAAGCAACUGGAAGGAACGAAAUAUGGAUAUAGUUAAGAAAAAGAGAAAGCAGAAGCAGAAACUUGGUUUAGCAUAGAUCUUUCUUUGUCUGUCUCCACAUACAAUUCCGUUUCCCUAUGUUUUUGGAAAUACAACCGAUGCAUCUUAUUACUAAUCCAUGAAAUUACCAUUAUACUUUCUGUUUGAUGUAUGUUUUGAAAACACUUAAAGUAUCCUUGCAACUGACAAGGAUGUUCCCUUCCUACUCUGUUCUGUUUAAGCUGGGAAUCAUUCUGUAUGUGUUACAUCACUUCCGUAACUACUUUUGGUUCACUGUCGAAUAGGAAAAUGGUGAUGUUAUCUAUUAGUAUGAACUUUUUCGAAUAUUGAUUUAACGUAAUUUUUCAUCGAAGUACGCUGAUCUAAUCUUAAAGUCGUUUUUGGAGUGCCUUAAAUGAAUUUUGAGGAUCCACUGGUUUCCUUCCAGUAUCUUUUUUUCUAGCUAGUGAGAUGUCAGUUACGAAAUCAUUAUGCAUUUUCGGUUUUAAUUUAAGAUAUGCUUAUGUACAUUCUUUUUUUUUCAUAAAAAUUUUGCGCCUGUUAUGGUUCUGAUGUCGUUCUAAAGCUUUAAAAAAAAGUCCUUUGGGCAAUUUGGCUUUUGUUUUGUCGACAACUCUUUUCCUGA